GGGAGAAUUUGUAUUUUUGUGCUAGCUCAAAGACAAGGAGAUGGCACCCAAUGUGUUUGGCGAUCCCAUCACCGAUGAAACGUUGAAGGCACUGCCUGAAUAUGCAAUUAAGGAAACAAUAACCAGCGAAGAUACUGCACAAGUUGCUCUGAAUCGGAAGCUUCCGAUACCAGAUAUUCCUGUAAAUGUGCUUGGGUAUAUUAAUAAUGCUACCCGACACACCUUAAAAUUAGUUUACGAUCAUGAUUGGUCCGGUCACGUUGAUGAAUCCUUAUCAUACCCUCAAAAGAUUGAAAAUGGGCAGUGGGGAAGUUUUUUGCAUAUUGGAGAUUAUCCACCAGGUUUAUUUGUGCGACAAUCAACUGCGGCUGUUGUUUAUUAUGCAAACAAUGGUCGCAUUGGGGGUUUCUGCAAGUUGCUUUUCGCAUGGCACAGUGGAGGGUUUAUUGGUCAAAACAAGGUCUUUACUGUUUUGAAGAACCUCAAAGUGUUGAACAUAACUGGGAAGCUAUUCGAGAAAAACUGAAUAAUUCCGAUCAGGAGCAAACCGAGCGCACGCCCUAUGGAUUCAAAGCAACUGUGACAAUUAGCCCUGGCAACACCCCAGCAUUAAUUGCAACAAUUACUUUAGACCUGCCGUUGGAAAAUGCAUGAACCAUGUAUAGCAUAUACUUGAUCGCAUUUAAAGAAAUAAUUAAUUAUAAGAAUAAGGGUGUGAGAUAGUCAUCCAUAGUGUGUGAAUUUACAUAUUCAGACGGAUUUCAAGGUUCACUUUAUGAUAUUGUACUUUAUUAUAGGAUGACUUUGAAGUA